GGUCAUGCCAUCGUCUGUGGAUCACGUGGUACACCACGUACUGGCCCCAAUGGCAAUCAGCGUCCUCGAUUGCGUGGUGCCAGUUAUCCGCCAACUGGUGAUCAUCAUGCAUCAGGCAUUUCAGGUUGGCCACCAGGAGACGGAGCCCGUGAUCGAUGUAUCCGGCUUGAUUCAGCCCGUUCGUAAAAUAGUCUUGAUUGUGAACGAUCCAGCGCCGGAGCACUAUGUCGACCAGGAGCCGGUGGUCAAUUCGGAUGACAUCAACGUCCUGAUGAAUGGAAUUUCGCGAAGUAUCCGAAAUCUGGCCCGUUCCACCUACGAUACCAUCUCGGCGAUGGCUGGAGAGUAG